GACAAGCGCAUACGCAAAUAAGGGCAUAAUGAGUUAUGGACCAUAAUAAGUGGAUCUUUCGAAAGCGAUUUGUAAGGCUAAGCUGUUUAGAGAGAACACGUUUGCAAUGUUGUUUACAUUCUUGCUGCAAGGAAUCGCCGCAGUAGGCCUAGCUAAAGCCGCCGCUGACGACGACGUGUAGAUGUCAGAGUUGACCCUGUGUGUUGUCGAUGGACAAAUGGGAUUUGUAUGACUUGAAUUGGAGAUCCCCGUCGUUCAUCUGGACUUGUAACUUACAUUAAAACAUUUAGCUAGUUAGCUAACUUGCAAGUCUGCAAACAAAUCUGCUUCUGAGACUAUGGCUAGACUAGGAGAUUUAAACGAACUAAAGUGCUUUGCCAUACUGACGACAUAAGGACAAUGGGGGGGGAUUUGCAUGAGAUUAUUUUGUUGUCUGUCGCAUACGCUUGCAUGCCUCGCUUGCAUUGCUUGUUCUUAAGACGUCUUAGUAAGAAGGACUGAUCAUGUCAACAACCACCUUAAUAGGGUGUCAGUGAGUACAGAAACAAGUAUCGAGGACCAAAGGCGAGAUCCAGAAGUGCGUCUCCUCAUCGCAGAAUGUUACUGGCUGGCCUACGAUCUGCUCACCAGGGUAUCAGCCGAGAGCCACAGAUUCUGUCCCGGGGGAAGACCCCUAUCCACCCUCCGCAGGUGUCACGCUCCCUCCAGUGGGACCAGCUGUCGGAGCUGAGUCGCCCGGACCCCGCGCCUCCUCUCAGACCUGCUGCUGGGGCAACUGGGGACAAAGGGGGCACUGCAGAGACAGAGAUACCAGAGACCCCAGCAGCUCCCAGGGGCCCCAGACCACCAGAGGCCCCAGUCCCAGAAGAGCAGUCCCAGCCUCAGCCUCAGCCCCACACGUCUUCCCCCUGUCCCACAGACCAAGGACCAGAGCCCCCCAUAAAUGGAGUGCAGCAUGCGUUGAUGAGGAAGGCGGGGCUCAGACCGGGCAGGCCAUCCAAGGGCAGGCAGCACAGCUCCGAGUACCAGAGGCAGUUUGAGUGGAAAGAUAGAGUGGCCAACUCACCUCUGCUGGCUGCGGAGCAGGCUCUCCAUUCCAGCACAGUGCUCCCUGUGCGCGGUUCUAACCCUGUGCCCUUUGAGAGCGAAUACAGCAGGAACUUUAAGGGUUCCCCGCCACCUCGGCCCCCGCGCUUACGACGGGACGUCGUCGAGCGAAAUGAGGUUCCGUUGUUCCAAAGGGAGAAUGUUCCCCCAGAGAAAGCCUCUAAGGCCAAGAGGAAGAAAAGGAAGGAGCAACACUGGGAGAGGAAGCACCAUAACUCCAAAGAGGAAGUGGCCCAGUGCCAACCAAUCAGAACCAGUCAGGAAGCAGCUGCACUAAAAACCCAGCAAAAUCUACAUUCUCCUGGAAACAGGAAAGUGAAGUCAGAGUAUAACGCCAACUUCCGCUCUCCUCUCCAAUAUCAUUACAAAGAUGGCGCCUGGGUGAAGGCCUCCAACCAUGCAGAUGAGGGGGAGGGCAGUGCCCAUAAUGUGGCGUGGUAUCAUGAGGUGCGAGAGCUGAGGGAGAAGGCCGAGCUGUACCGGCAGCGUGCCUGGGGAACACACUUCUCCCGGCUCCACUUGAACCAGAUCCUGUCGGAUCAGAACCACCUGUGGGAGGCCUCCACUGCCUCCACCUCUGGAUCGGCCGCGCAGAGCAACCGCUCCCGCUCGGACAGCAGUCCCACCAUAGAGGCCCUGGAUUUGGCCAGAGUGGGCAGUGGGACGGGCAGCACCAGCUCUGCCCCCUCCCGCGGCCAUACAUCCACCAGGGGGCAGCCCCCUACCCCCACGGUGCCCGUCCCCGCCCCCGUCCCCGCGCAGCCCAAACGGGCGUGGGGCGACCAGGAGGAGCCCGGUCCGGCAGAGCGGACAGCCCAUCAGGCCGAAGACAAGGAGGAGGAAGAGGAGGAGGAGGAGGAGGAAGAGGAGUGCGAGAACAGAGAGAGAAGAGAGAAGAGAGAGGACAGGGCUCAGGAGUCCGAGAGAUCCAGCAGUGUCAGAGAAGGGGGCAGACUGCCGACGCCCAAAUUUCGGACUUUGGGCCUCGCUCAGAGGACUCACCACGACCGCACCACACCUGCUGCAGGUGGAGCCAUUUUGGUAUCUCCCCCAAAAGCGAGGGCCUCUCCCCACGGGAAACCCCGCUCCCCACAAAGGCUCAUGGGAUAUGUCUCCCCAGCCCCGGCACCCGGCAAGGCAGAAGAGGCCAGGCUGACCCGCACGCCUCCCGCGGCAGGCCUGACGACUGUGGACCAUCUGCCGCUCCGCGAGGACGCCUGGAAUGGCGCGGGGCCGGCCGAGGAACCCCUUAAGAGGUCGUCCGUCCCAAGGUCGUCCCGAAGGCGGGACCCCAACGUGCAGGCCUGGGCUGCCCCCUGGGCCACACUGCCCGCCAACCGAAUCCAAGGCGCGCUCAGGGACCCCGAGUUCCAGCACAAUGGUAACUUGGGUCUUCAUCGACCAGGGCUCUUUGUGUAUCCUUCAAGUGAUGCAACACUGUCGGAUGAUGACGACCGCAUGUCUCAGAUCUCAGCCAGAUCGGCGGCGUCCUGCUCCAUGGCUGCCCAGGUUUUGGGCCGGGCUUUGAAGAGGAAGGAGAACUUCUGGGCGAAAAGCUAACUUGUGUGUACAGUAUGUAGUACAGUAUGUGUGCGUGCGUGCAUGUGUGUGUGCCUGCAUACGUGUGUGGUUACAGCAGGUGAGCAGAUGAGGUUGGUGAAGAUUACGAUUUGUCACUAGAUCAACUGAUAAACCUGAGUCAUUUUGGAACUCUCUCUUUCACCACAAGUGAAAGGGAAUACAUUAAGUUGAAAAAUGAUGUUUUACAGGUGAUUACUAGGGGGUGAAAUGUAGAUUUUAGAGAUUAGAAAUUAUUUUUAUUAGUGUACUGUCAGUCUUAAUGAGACUUUUUAAUUGCACUUUUUGGUACAACAAAAUGUGAUGACUUGCUCUUGUAAGAGCUCUGAUUUUAAUUAAUUGAUUGAAAAAAAGCUAUGUUUGCAUAGCCUGUGUAAAUUUGAAGAAAUUUGUACAUUUUGUAAAUUUUGUACAUCUGUGCCUAACGAUGCAGAGACCAGUCUUGACUAAGACCGUUUGUUUUAUGUAGGAACAGAUUAUCACUGUAUGAUUCUACCUUUGAGAAACAAGCCUCAAUAAAGAUUUCA